CAGUCAUCACAUCUCUUUGUGCCAGACAUACAAUAACUAGUGUUCUUUGUGAUCGUGUUUCAUGUAGUGUAGAAGUGACCCACGACAAGGCAUAUGGUCAGUAAUUAUCAUUGUGGAAAUGUGACCAUUUCUGGAUGGAUCAGCCACUUCAUCAUGCACCGCCUCUGCCGUGGUCGUUGGCAUCAACACCACCCAUUAGUCUUCAAGGGCGACUUAACCCUUACUGUGAGGUCACGUGACGCGACUCCUCGACAAAAGACACGAAGUUGGUUGACUGUAUGGUGGUCACGGUCAAGUUUGCUGCAAGUUGUGUAACGGCACCGGGAAUGGAGGAAGUGGUCUUGGUGACGGGCGGGUCGGGCCUCAUUGGCUCCGCCAUCCAAGAAGUGGUCAAAGAUGACCCCGCAAGCAAAGAGAAGUGGUUCUUCGCGACCUCCAAGGAUGCCGACUUGAGAGACCUGGGGCAGACCAAGGCGCUGUUGGAGAGGGUCAGACCCACAAUGGUCAUCCACCUGGCAGCGAGAGUGGGCGGACUCUACGACAACAUGCGACACAACCUGGACUUCCUCAGAGACAAUAUACACAUAAAUGACAAUGUGCUGGCUUGCUGUCACGAAAUGAAAGUUCGUAAAGUAGUGUCGUGUUUGUCUACGUGCAUCUUUCCAGACAAGAUUACGUACCCAAUUGAUGAAACAAUGGUGCACAACGGGCCGCCUCACAGCUCCAACUUCGGCUACAGCCACGCGAAACGCCUGAUCGACGUGUACAACGCGGCGUACCACCAGCAGCACGGCUGCCUGUUCACGUCCGUGAUCCCCUGCAACGUGUUUGGGCCGCGCGACAACUUCCGGCCGGAGGCGGCGCACGUCAUUCCGGCGCUCAUCCACAAGCUGCAUGUCCUCAUGGAGACAGGAAAUACCAAGGAAUCCGUUUUCACAGUCCUUGGCUCUGGGCGGCCCCUCAGACAAUUCAUCUACUCAUUAGACUUGGCGAAGUUGAUUGUGUGGGUUUUGCGUGAGUACGAAGAGGUGAACCCAAUUAUUCUCUCUGUUGAUGAGAAGGAUGAAGUUCCCAUAAGCAGAGCAGCGGAAGCUAUAGCCAAAGCAUCAGGUUUCAAUGGCACAAUGGUUUACGACACUUCGCAGUCGGACGGUCAGUUCAAGAAGACUGCGAGCAACGCGAAACUCCGUAGAUACCUUCCCGACUUUGUCUUCACUCCUUUCGACGAAGCAGUUUCGCAUACAGUGAGGUGGUACGCAGCAAACAAGAACUCUGCACGAGUAUAGUUCGAGUUCAAAGACGACGAUUAUUCGAAGUGUUUAUCGAAGAAACUGGGGAAGAGCAUAUCAGAAGUGAGUCUACAGUUGUGUAUAUAUUUUCCUAUAAUGGUUGCAGUGAAGCUAUUUGUAAACUGUUUUGUCAUGUUGCUGUUGGAAUUGUGUGAACAAAAAUAAAUGUUUUCUGUUGCA